AUGCCAAACCAAAAGGCCGCUAAGAAAGAUCACUACCAGUACUCCGACUUGAGCAGCAUCAAGAAGGAAGGUGAGGAAGACCAAUACCACUUCUACGGAGUUGUCAUUGAUGCUUCCUUCCCAUACAAAGGUGAGAAAAGAUAUGUCGUCACUUGCAAAGUUGCCGACCCUUCAUCCGUGGCUAAGGGAGGAAAGCUCAACACUGUCAACGUAGUGUUCUUCUCACAAAACUUCGAAGAUCUUCCAAUCAUUCAGAGAGUCGGAGACAUCGUCAGAGUCCACAGAGCCAGACUCCAGCACUACAAUGAUGCUAAGCAACUCAACGUGAACAUGUACUACAGAUCUUCUUGGUGCUUGUUCAUUGGAAACGACAAGGAGGCCCCUCUCGAACCCAAGGUUGAAAACGAAGACGGAACCAACAACUAUUUCAGCUACACCCCCUACAACUUCUCCGGAAAGAGUUUCACCCAAGAAGGCCAUGAAACUAAGAUCCUCAAGGAUCUCAAGAAGUGGAGCAAAGACUACUUCUCAAACAAUGAUGUUGUCGAACAAGUCAAGAAAGCUGACAUCGAGACUGCUAUGAAAAACAAGACUGACUUCGAUCUGUUGGCCAAGGUCACCGAGAUCUCCGACAACGAUCAGUACACAAACACUGUGUCCCUCAACGACUCCACCGGUCAAACCUGGACUGGCCACUUGUUCAAGAGAAAGUUCCCGCAUUUAGUUAAGGGCGACGUUUUAAGAAUUAAGUCGGUUAGCGCUAAGGAAGACAACUCAUUGAUCUUCUCGAGCCACUCCAACAUUUUGAAGUUCUUCAGCUUCUCAUCCAUCCACAAGAAGCUGAAGUCCUCGAUCUCCUCAGACACCCACAUUAAGACUUGCGUGACCAAGAUAGACAAGGCUGCUCACAACAAAAUGGACAUCACUCCACUCAAGAAGCUGUUCUUCAACCCAAAGAAGUCUGAGAAGCUGUUCAGAUCUCAGUUCUCAGUGCUCAAGGUUGACACCAAGAACUUGGAAGACUACGUUGGUGCAUUCGAUGGCAAGAAGUGGCACUCUUACAAAGGUAAGAAGACCCCUAAGGAUGCCGAACUUAGAUGGAACAUCAAGCUCAUCGUCACUGACUACAAGAACCAGCAAGACGACAAAGCCUACAUGAUCCACUUGGACGACAACUCGUUCUUCAAGGGAAUCAACCCAGCCAACUGGAGCAACGCCGCCACCAAGAAGAAGGCCGAGAAAGCCUUCUCCGUUUUGACUAACAACAAGGUCAACUAUGUUGACGCAAUUUUGGAAAGAGACAAGAAGAACUACCACAUCAGACAUACCCAAUUCAAGUAAG